GGCCGUGGUGGUUUCCAGCAACGAGAUAAUGGCCCGCCUUCAGAUGUCUUUGAAAUGGGCACGUUCAUGCACGCAUGCGAGGGAGAAAUCAUCUGCGAAUCCAUCAACUCCAAAAUCCCAUAUUUCAAUGCCCCAAUAUAUCUCCAGAACAAGACCGCAAUCGGAAAGGUCGACGAGAUUCUCGGUCCAAUCAACCAAGUGUUCUUCAGCGUGAAGCCAUCCGAAGGAAUCCAGGCAGGUUCUUUCAAAUCCGGCGACAAAUUCUACAUUGGCGGCGACAAACUUCUUCCAUUAGAGAAAUUCUUGCCUAAACCGAAGCCUCCACCAGGAGCGCCAAAGCCAAAGCGAGCUGGCGGUGUACGAGGUGGAAAAGGAGGUCCAAUGCGGGGUGGAAGAGGUGGUGCCAGAGGCGCGCCGCGAGGGAGAGGAGGCUUCAGUGCCGGUGGUAGAGGCGGACGUGGUGGCGGUGGUUUCUCCAGAGGAGGCAGUGGUGGCUUCACACCAAGAGGAAGAGGCGGAGCUAGAGGCGGCUUCUCGCGAGGCCGUGGUUAG